AUGACAUUAUUGGAGAAUGACAAUUUUUUGGUUGAAUUGGCGAAGUUAUUCCAAAAAGCCAGGGUUGGUGGACCUCAGGCUGUUUCGAUCACCCUGAAACAUUAUGAUGGCCGUACUAAACCGCAUCCAAAAUCUGGUGUAUCAAUGCGCUCACCGAAAGGAACCGAAGAUCUGUGUUUGUUUAGGGCGAAAUUAGGCGACAAGAAAAUCAGCACUGUGGUCCAUCCAAAAGAAGUGAACAAAUUCCAACUUGCCUAUGCUGCGGUGCUUAAAUCGAAUAUGGAUAAUUUGAAGAAGAGAGAGCGAAAACCGGCUGCGGGCACUGCAGUAAAACCGAAAGCUGAAGUCAGAAAAGUUAAAAAAGCACAUUAG